AUGCAUGAUCGGCGCAUGCCGCAGAAUCGGCCCUCCGUUCAAAUCGUGUGCCAGUUUCAAGAGCAACCUCGGAAGUAUGCAGCGCAGCGUAGUUUGUCUCCGGCUCGCAACUUGUCAACACGUGCUCAAGGUAUUCCACAGCAAAGUGCAGCGUUCUGGAGACAAGUCAGGCAGCAAGCAGAAUUCAUUUGGCAUGGCGAUGCCGGGAACUGCCCACCUGGCCCACAAGUUCGCAUUUGUCUAGCCACGCCUCUCGUGCACUGUGGAAAAGCUUCAGGCGAGUCUCACCACGUUUUGCAGCCAAGUGGAGUCCGCAGGAGCCAGAGUGUGGGUGGAACUCCGAGGGGCGCCCAUGACCCGGCCAGGUGUCAGCUUCGGGCGCCACCACCCUGUAUCUCCAUAGCAGGAGGAAUCUCCAGUGGAACAUACCAUCCGCCGAAGUUGGCAUGGCCCCUUAGACCUGUUCAUGCUUCGUCCGGGUCACAGCCGAGCUACGCUCCCAGGCAGGGGCAGCUACAGGCUCCAGACCAGGCCAAACCUGUGUCCCUACGUGCUCGCUCCUGCGACGGGAUACCGCGGUGGGUGUCCCAACGGCCUGUGGAGUUGACACAGCCAUCGACCGCACUGCUUCGUUCUUCUUCAGAUCGGCGGCCGCUGGCGACGGCGUCCGAAAAGCCGAAGCAAGGCCAAGGUCGAUGUCACUCGGCCCCAGUGCUGAGACUGAGACAGGCAGAGCCUCCAAGUCCAAGGCCAAGGCCGGGCAAAACCACUGCACCUCGGCGUGGGCCCUGCGUGGUCCAGAGGAUCCUUCGCUUGCCCAGCCCGAGACUGCGACCUCCGCUUCCCAGCUACAACCAUCCCAACCCCAAGCCCAAAGAGGCCCAGGCCGCCGAGGCCGCCCAGCCCACGGCUCUCGGGCCCGGGCGGCCCGGGCCGCGCAGUCCGAAAGCGGGUCCCAGAGUCCACACCCACACAGCGCACGCAUCGCACACAUCGCGCACAUCUCGCACACCGGGCACGCAGCUCACGCCCACAAACACCGCGGCCUUCCUCCCACACGGGCGAGUAGGCUCAGGCCCAGGCACGCGCCUUCACACGCCGAGCCCCAAAGGAUGCAGGGAGCCCACGGAGGGUCAGAAUCCUUUCGGGAGUCCAAGAGUGCUUGAGGUCAGUGAGAUUCAGAAGACGGUGCACAUCGGAUCUGGGAGCUUUGGGUCUGUUUGGAAGGCGACUGUUCGUGGAUAUCCAGUUGCUGUCAAGAUCUGCCAGCAGAAUACAGCCAACGAGCGCCGGGUCACUCUGAAGGAGCUCGGCUUUCUGUGCAACUUGCAUCACCAGCGAUUGGUGUCCUUCUUGGGGUUUGCGCAGACGGCAGACCAGCUGAUCUUCGUUAUGGAGCUGAUGACUGGGGGAAAUUUGUCGGAUCUGUUAUUCUGCAAACGACCAGUGUUGAGCUUUAGGCAGAAGGCGUUGAUGGGCUGUCAAGUCGCCGAAGGUCUUUCAUUUUUGCACGAAAGGCAUGUUAUUCAUCGAGAUCUUAAGACCAUGAAUGUCGUGCUGGAUGCCUCGCUCAAUUGCAAGCUCUGUGACUUUGGCCUCACUCUUUAUCUGGACCACACGCACAUUACGGUGUGCGGAUUGCAGGGCUCUCCGAGGUACAUGGCACCCGAGCAGCUCGAGACGACAGUUCGCAUAUCGGAAAAGGUGGACAUUUGGCAGAUGGGUUGCGUGAUGCUGGAGCUGUUCUGUACCGUGGUGCCCUUCAGCAGCCUCAGCAAUGUGGCAGCGAUUAUCUCGGAGUUGAUCGUAAAGAAGAACGGCCCGACGAUUCCUGAUGAUGCAGAUCCGCGGGCUCGAGCUCUCAUAUUGCCAUGUUUGCGAAUGAGUCCGCGGUCUCGUCCUGCAGCAGACACAUUGUUGGACGUCUUGGGCCGCGUAGUGAGCAGUGGCAGCACGGCUGUCGCAAAAUGA